AGCUUGCCACAGACACCGCAGACCAAGAGUUUUUCGUCCAUUUUUAAUGGUGAAGCCAACCAGGAGGGUUCUGCAGAGUCUGGCUUGCAACAAGAUAACGCGCUAGUAUAUAGGGACGGUAACUUGAUCUCUGGUCCUUUGGAAGCGCUUAUCCAGCAUAUGGUACCGACUGACGUCUAUUAUCCUGAUAGAGCUUACUUAUUUGCAUUCCUGUUGUCUUCGCGACUUUUCAUCAAACCACACGACCUCCUUGCCAAAGUUCGGAAUCUCUGUGAGACCCAACAGGGGUUAGGAGGAAAAACAACUGUGAGUUCCAAUACAGGCCAAGCCCGAUUUGCAGAGCAUCUGGUCCAGUUAUUGGCCGAAUGGACUGAAACUUUUCCUUACGACUUCAGGGACGAGAGAAUGAUGGAGCACGUAAGAAAAAUCACCCAACAAUGUUGUGCCAUCAAUUCUUCCAUCAGAACUAAUGUCUCCUCUCUUCUCCACAAUCUUCACCCUCGACUGACUGCUUUGGAGGCCUACGAAAAAUCUUUGGAGAACCACUCAAUAUCUGUAGAUGAAAACUUCACGGACAUUUCGGAGAUAUGCCCAAACCCCGCGAUUCUUGCCCAACAACUCACCCACGUUGAAUUGGAAAGGCUUUCCUUUAUUGGCCCUGAGGAAUUCGUACAGGCUUUUGCUAAGGAGAAUCCCAAUUUAGAGACUUCUUUCAAGGACAUGAAGAAAACUCAUAAUUUGGAACAGUACGUCCAAUGGUUCAACAGGCUGAGCUACUUCGUAGCAACUCAAGUGUGUAAGUACCAAAAGAAAAAAAUGAGAGUUCGAGUAGUAGAAUUUUGGAUAGAAACUGGAAGGGAAUGCUUCAACAUUGGCAAUUUCAAUAGUCUAAUGGCGAUCAUAGCUGGAUUGAAUAUGUCCCCAAUUUCUAGGUUGAAAAAGACGUGGAGCAAAAUUCACUCAGGUAAAUUCGCUAUAUUAGAACAUCAGAUGGAUCCUACUAGUAACUUCAGCAGCUACCGAAGCACACUCAAGGCUGCUAUGUGGAGGAGUGAAGGAGCAACUGAUCAGAGACAGAGAAUAGUUAUCCCUUUCUUCAGUUUGUUGGUCAAGGAUCUCUAUUUUCUUAAUCAGGGCUGUUCAAGCAGGCUUCCCAAUGGACAUAUAAAUUUCGAAAAAUUUUGGCAGUUGGCCAAGCAAGUAACGGAAUUCAUGGCAUGGAAACAAGUAACAUGUCCUUUUGAGAAGGACUCAAAAAUCAUCAACCUUCUUCAACACGGUCCUGUUUUAAACGAGAAUGCUUUAGCAUUAGCCAGUUUCGAAUGUGAACCGCCUGACAACAAUCAAGAAAAGGAAAGAUGUAAAACUCUCAAGGCAGACUCCUCCUCGAAUUGAAAAUGCUGCAAAAAAUGAAAAUUGCCCAUUUUUCAGUGUACAAAUGUUUUUAAUAUGUAAAUUUUAUGUUGUUUAGUUAGUUAUUCUAUUUUAUUGAGGUUUUGUAUAUAAUUAUGUAGCAUUUAAAUUUUAUUUUUGUAUCUGACUUGGACUUAUGUUAUACUGAUCCUGAUUGUGAUUUUGAAAGCUUUUCAAGUGGUAUAUUUAGUUGAAUUGUUUAUAAUUAUGCACAAUUUGUUACAUACCUUAUUUUUUUAAGUGACGUUAAUAUUCGUUAAGUUGGUAUAUUCAUUUUCAUACCAUUGU